AGUGCUGGCUCGGCGGCAGUCCUCCGUCAACCACCGCGCUCGCCGCUCGCGCGCCGCGCCCCGCGCCCAUGGACUACGAUCGACCAAACGAACACGCAUAUCUCCACAUUUCUAACCUUUCUACUUCACUUAAUAUCGAAACCAUAUCGGAACGAGUCGACGAAUUGCCCGAGAUUGAAUAAAAUGAUUGUUAAAGUCAGUUUAGAGAACUUUUACCGACUUUCGAACACGCAGCACACUAACGAUUGACAUAUCCUAUCCUUGCCGUUGAUCCUGCUUGACAUUGUUUUCUUUCUUCACCAUGCAACUCAAAGGAACAUUUUACCAAAACCUAUUUAUACACAAGAAGCGACUGAAACUUUCUACUUGCGACCUUUGAAAACUAUACACACAAUUUAUAAAACUAUUUACACUGUUUUAUAAAUGGUUUUAGACAUUUCUUUAUCCCCUUAAACUGGUCUGGAGACCUUUAAUAAAAGUUAAUAAGUGUGACCAAAGACAUUAAACAUAAAUAAAAUAAUAGUAAUAGUGCGUGUGGAAUUAUCUAGAAUUAAAAUACCUAGUGUGUGGUUUUAUCUCAUGUGUUAAAAACAAAUUAAGUGUGCCAUUAGGAACUAGUUCUGAACUUUAAUAAUAGACUAUAGUGUGUGUCUUCGUGUGGAUUGUGUAUUAGCGUGCUAUAUACUGGAAACGGAUGAAGAUGCCUUGUACGGACUUGAAGCAGAAGUGGCCCGAAGACGAUUCCUAGAUCAAAGAACCUAUGGCUCAGUUACCCUCCCAUUAAACAUUCCUUCUCUCCUCUAUUUCAUAACAAAUAUCUAUAAAAUACGUUUAAAACAUUCCACGGUUAUCGUCCUAUGUGAAAUCAAACCUCUAUUAAGAGCGAGAAAAAACAACGUUGAGACUGUUAGAUUAAGAAAAGUGGUAGAUUGAUACGCGCGUGAACCUCUUCGGAGGGCGCGAGAGGCCGGCGCAAUGCGGUCUCACCAGGGAUGUACGUAAUAUAUCCUGCGGACGAAGUAGUUAUCCAAUCUUACGGCACACACUCGCUGCCCAGGCCCCGGCAGCGCCCCACGCUUGACGUCCUCUUCGGACCGCCGCUGCCCGCGCCGUCCCGCGCGGACCCUCCCUUGGCCCCCAGCCCCCGGCCCCCCCGCGCCGCGUCCCUCCCCAAAACGGCGCCCCCGGAGCCUGCGGACCGCGCGCCGGCCUCGCCGACGCCCUCUAUCGAGCGGCCGGCUAAGCUGCGCGAGCGCACCAAAGCGAGCAAAUUGCUCAAAAAACUCGGCCGUCAUGAGGACAACGAAUUCGGAAAAAUUGUUAGAACCCCGGCUCCUGAUGAGUUCGAGCUUCCCGCCCCGCUGCCGACUCCCGCUUUCUCGCGGAAGAACAUAUUCGACCGCGAUUUCGAUGCCCUGUUUGAAGUCGCGAACUCGCCACAAUUCACUGCCAAGAUCCGCGUCACAACUCCAGAGCCGGAUCGCCGUUCUGAUGUGUCAGCGGUGCACUUUCCCUCCCCCUCCACGUCUUCACUUAGCCUUCUCCCUCCGCGCCCCAACUCCGCGCCUAGUCCUUCGCCGUUUUCCUUCAGAACCUCUACGCCUUCACCAUCGCCUCAACGAUCGUCUUUUGAAGGUUCAAAUACAAAACCGAAGAAAGUUAGUUUCUUUCGAAGGCUGAGUCGUGCUAAGACUGCUAAGACCGAGUCUGAACCGAUGCAGCCUCGCACAGUAAUGCAGCAGCAGUCCAUAGACAUGGCUCUGCGGGAGCUGACGCACCCCGCACACAACGAGCAGCUCAAAAACCAACAGCAAGUCACAUUCAAGCUAGUCAAAACAGUGGCAGACUUCACGACGCAGCUCUCGCAGAUCUACGACCGGCACUCCUCCGAGCUGCAAGUACUCGUCGCCAGUUUCCGGAAAAAGAACAGCGAGCUCAAGAAAGAGAGAGCAUCAUGCCCGUCAUCUCUCUUCCACACAUGGGAAACGCUGCUGCAAGAAGUGGAAGCGGACGUGAUCGCCAACAACAACGCAGCAACAGCGCUGGAACGCAACGUUGCCGCGCCGCUGGUGGAGCGCACAUUCCAUAUGAAAGUGCAGGCCAGGAAACUGUUCGCGCACCGUGAAGGAUGCGAGGUCGUUCUGGCGAAGGCUGAUGAUCAACUCACUAAGAGCCGGCAGGACUACCGCGCGGCGUUCCUGCACUACUGCAACAGCCCAAGCCCUAGCGCGUUGGCCACGUACUACGACUCCCACAACACCUACGUCCAGCAGCUGACAGCCACCAAUGCCAUGCUGGACCAGUACUACAAGUACACGCUGCCUACUAUAUUACAGGACCUGGAAGAAAUAUUGACGGACGUGACUGCGGCAGUCAGCGAGGCAAUUUGUAACGAAGGGGGGAUUAUCACGGAUAAGUCGAACCAGCAGCUGCGGCGCUACGAGUCGCUCUGCGCGGAAGCGCGCGCGGUGUCCAGCACAGCGGAUCUCGCGCACCUAGCGCGCGCGCUGCUGACGUCGCAGCCGCCGGCGCGCCCGCCACGCCGCGAAUUCCUGCCGCCGUACCCGCCUGAACCUGAUGACCCGCCACUCGACGUAGCUGCGGAGGUGAUGCCACCGGUGCUACGCGGCGAGAUGCUACUGGACCGCAUGGGCGGCGCCCAGGCGCGCAUGAGCUACGAGCAGCUGCGGAAAGAUGCGCAAGACCUGGAGAUUCAGAUCAAGCAACUACAGGACGGAUUGGAGGCGCUCGCCCGACUCCAGGCUCGCGGGUUGGAGACAAACAUGUACAGCAAAGUCAACGAGAUACAGGAGGACAUAUCUAUGAAAAAAUAUGACUACAGGGCGACACAGCUUCAUCUUGCUGCAGUAAGAGCUCAGAGAGAACUAUUCGCAGCGAAAGCGGAUAGCGGGACAGCAGCAGUCGAUCGCAAACUCUCUUCGUCAUCCGCCGGCAGUAUGAAGAACAAGUGGUUGAAAGCUUUCCGCAGCCUGAAGCCCCCCAGCGCCCCUCCACCCCAUGCUGCGCCACCAGACAAAAAAAAUCAAAUGUACCACGCGGUGUCGACGAUUAUGGCGAUGAGGAGGAACGGCGCGGGCAGAGAGGCUCUCCGCGGCGACUCAGAUGCCCACAACUUCCAGGAGUAUACCUACAAGAAGAUAACGCCCUGCGAUGUGUGCUCGCAAGUUCUUAGAGGGCAUACGCGUCAGGGGCUCCGCUGUCGCCUGUGCAAGCUCAACGUGCACGCGGACUGCAUGCCGCAGGUCGGCAAGUGUCAGACGAAGUCCCGCCUGCUGCGCCGGCAGAAGAGCACCUCGGAGAUCGAGUCCCACCGUGUGCAGGAGGCCGCUUUCGAUGAAGAUAGGUCGAUGAAGAACUCGAAGAGUGCCCAAAUGUUGAGGCAGGCCGACCGCGCCAGUCCAUUACCUGCGCCGCACUCGCCGAGACGUCAAAAGUUGAACCUUAGAAUGAAGAGCCUGUCGCUGGAUUCUCCGGAGUGCGGUGAACUGCGGCGGCGACCCGGGAGAGACCAGCCCUCGCAAAGCAGCCGCGUCCUCUCACCAUCAUCGCCGGUGCAUAGCAGGCGGCUGUUGAGCGCUCGCGGGGGAAGGAUGAGCAGCGUGGAACUGCCCGAUGAGCCUGACAAGAGCCUGUCAUCGAACAGUGCGAGCCCUUGCCCGUCGCCAGUCAAGCAGACUAGUAAGCAUCAACGCCUCCUACCGACCAACCUCUACGUGAUCCUCUACAACUUCAAGUCGCGGCACGCCGACGAGCUCGACCUCAAGGCGGGUUACAAGGUCACAGUCAUCGACACCUCGGACCCGGAUUGGUGGAAGGGCAAGUGCCUGGGCAAGAUCGGAUACUUCCCCUCCAAAUACUGCACGAAGCUGCAAGCUGGGGAGCGGCCGCUGCAAGUCACGCAUAAUUUACAGGUAUCUGACGGCGACAACGGCCUAAUGCUCCUGCGCGACCAGAUUGUAAUCCAAGUGGGCGACGAGGUUGACGGCAUGGUCAUGAUCCGAUCGGGCGACAACCGCCAGGGCGUGUGUCCCAUCAAGUUCCUACAAGAGGUGUGACGCUUCAGAAGAUCAAACUACGAUUUCAUGACAAAACGCGGAUCAUUCACCGAAGAAACUCAUACGCUCUACGUUCCGAAACCCAUACAAAGUGCCCCCGUCACCCCCUGCGACAGCGAAACCUCGACCUGGUCUGACCGAGCCUCAUCCAGCCGAGAGAGACAGUACUACGAACUACCCUCCACCUCAGACACGCAUUAUGAGGUCCCGAGCUCCGCCGCCCGCUAUGAGGGCCCGACGACCGCCCGGUACGACGAAGGCCCCUCAACUUCUGAUAAGCGGUACGAAGAAAGACCUUCAACUUCUGAUAAAGCACGUUACGAUGAAUCUAUGGAAGGUUAUUGGUGGUGGCGCAGGCCUCUCGGCGUGAGGCGUGCUCAAUGUCGAAGAUGCGGAGCUUCCUCGUCUACUAGACCGUUAAAGAUGAAGCCAUGUGCUGGCACGGCUCAGGAGCAAGACGAUCUCGACUGGGAUGGCAACCGUCCUCUGAUGUCACGCGAACGCCCUCUACUUUUCUUUAGGCAACUCUUUAUUUAAAUAGGCGAGUACCCCUUUGUCCGAAACGUUUACGAAUUAAUAUUAAUCGCAUCACAACCUUAUUCAAAGUAAGGCUGUUUUUUUGGAAAGUUUUAUGAUAUGAUAUAACGUUUACGGAAUUGGGGUCAGCGUGCUGUAAGGUAGGAAUUAGGCGGAGCGCUUGCAGGGUUUCUCAAUGCGAUUGGCGUAAUUCUCAUUAGUGCUAUAGGACUAAGACUUUUUGUACGAGUUUAAACUCUAAGGCUGCCGUAGUUCUAUGGAACAAAUGGAAAGUACCGGUUUUUAAGCGGAAGGUAAAACAAUUAAAAGUGUUAUCAGGUUGCAAAUUGUGCAGACAGUUAUUAGUUUUAAUUCACUAGCAUAUUUACCUACAUUAUUUGUUAAAGAAAUACACGUUAGAUUAGAAAUAGGAUAAAAUGCGGCAUCAAAAGAUUUAGUUAUAAUUAUU